UGAAAUAAGCAGUUUCCUCGAACCCGCUCCCUGGAAACAUCACUGUUACAUCUUUAACAGGCGCUCGGUGCAGGAGGUUAGGUCAGAGGAACCUUCCAUGUCAGUAAGCAUUUUACCUGUUAUCUGAUAACUCUACAUAGUAAAAUGAAAAAGUUUCUGAUUGUAUUUGAUUUUGAUGAAACCAUCAUUCAACACAACUCUGAUUAUGUCAUCCUCAAAUGUAAUCCUGACCAAAAUCUUCCAGAAGAAUUGCUGCAGCCUCCUGAGGAUGGACACUGGACUGAGCAUACGAGCAAGAUCCUCCGGUACCUGUGUGGAAAGGGUGUCAAGGAAGAAAGCAUGAGAAAGAUUCUAGCUGAAACCCCACUAACUAAAGAGAUGCUAACCCUAUUUCAGUUCCUUAGAGAGUCUUCAGAUUUAUUUGAAUGCAUUAUUAUCUCUGAUGCGAACACCUUUUUUAUUAAUAGCAUUCUUCAAGCAAAUGGCAUAAGCAAUGUAUUCCAGAAAAUAUACACAAAUCCUGCAUGCCGUGACAGCACAAACACGUUUGUGAUAAAUCCUUACCAUUCCCACCUGUGUCAGGAGUGCCCCAACAACAUGUGCAAAAGACAGAUCCUGCACGAUCACUUGGAAGAACGCAGUGAAGAAGUUGAAUUUGAGAAGAUCUUCUACGUUGGUGAUGGCAACAAUGACUUCUGCCCGUCCAUAGUCUUGACAGCAACAGAUGUCGUCUUUCCAAGGAAGAACUACCCUUUGCAUCGGUUGAUCUCCGAAAUUAAAAUGGCAGAACCCUCCGCAUUUCAAGCUCAGGUGGUUCCAUGGGAGUCUGCAGAAGAUAUAUUGCUUUUCCUUCAAGAUUGCACAGGGCAAUAGUACCACUCAAAUUCACAAAAGAGCUUCAAGAAGAAUUUCCAUUUUCUGGUAGCAACUUAAAUGCUCUUUGGGAAGAAAUAGAGUAAAUUUGACAGUUAAAAUGCAUGAUUUUAAUGCUUACUGAAAUAAGCAGGGCCUAACAAUUAUUUUCCACACCCAAUAUUACUAGUAAUUUUAUGUACAGUAACAUUUGUGACCAAUGCUAAAUGUGGAUUGCCUUUGAAACCAAUGCACCUGUUCUUGUUAUAUAUAGAUUACUGGGAGCUGUUUGUCUAAUUAUUUGUGGAGGGAGAUUGUAUCAGGACAUGGUGGUAUUGUUUCAAGGAUAUGUCACUGUACUUUCAAACCUCAAGGAACUUUUUUUUUAAAAUGAUAGACACAAUCUGGAACAUGUUUAUGUAUUCAGCUUUACAAACCUAUUCACCACAGAUUAAUAUAGCCAUCUUCUAUCAGUGUGUGGUAAUUAUUAUAAUCUUUCCUGAAUAUGGAAUGUUGAAAGGGGUACAAUAUUUAGAUUUCUGAAGGGGAAAAUAUAAAAUAUCAUUCUUCAAUUUCCAUUUCUAUAAUUUGUUAACUCAAACAUUAAGUUUCCACCGUCCAAAACUAAAUACAAAAACUAUUUGAAAUACCCAAAUAAGGAAUCACCUCAGAAAUGUCAGUGAGAUGCAUUAAUUAAAUAGUGGAUGGGUAACCAUUAGGGAUUUGGGAUUACUGGUGUAUAAUUCAAAGAUUUUAAGCUUUCUAUCGCAUUCCUUGUUUGAAUGGGACUUGCCACAAAAUGUUUGGAGACAGAGGAGGCCAUUCAGUCCACCAUGUCUCUGUCUGCAUAAAAAGCCUGUUCAGCCUCCUCCUGUUUCCCAGCUUUCAAUCCAUAAUAUGGCAGGUUACAGGAUUUCACGUGAAUGUCCAGGUACUUAUUACAUGCUACAAGAGGUUUAGAUUUAUUGUCAUCACAUGUACUCAUGAGUACAAUGAAAAGUUUACAACUCUCCACUUAUGGUGUCUUCUUAGGUACAAGGUACCUACAUGCACUACCUUUGGCACAAAGCAGAAAAAUAUUAUACACUCUUCAUUGUACUCCGGUACUUUUGUAUUUGAGUACACAUGACAAAAAAGUCAAAAGUAAAAAAAAACUCAAUGUUUAACGUUACAGUUCUUCUUACUGAAAAUUAGAAAAACAAAGAAAUAUAGUUAAAAGUUCAACACCACAGUCCAUAAGUGCCUGGCCAUUCUGGGCUCGCUUUCUUCAAAAGGCUUGACCUCCCCCUAUAUGUCCCCUACAUUUAAGUCCAAGUGAUUGAUAUGUAAGGGAAGCAAAAGGACCUAGUUCUGUGCUCUCCUGAGAAGAGUUUUUCAGCCACAAAUAAAAUCUUGCUGCUUUAAAUCUAGUUUAGUUUCAUUAAACGUUAAUCUAAACAAGUACUAAACUGGAUAAUGACUUGCAUGACAUUCAAUUGUAUUACAACAGAAAUAAAUAGAGUAUCAGAAAAUUUUCAAA